AUAGGUGGUGUGACGAUCGACGUAUCAUCGAAUUCGUUGGAAUACCACAUGUCUUGUCAGUGUCCUACCUAAAAUAAGAAAGAACAAACGUAUAUUAAGAGUUUAUUAAAUAUAAAUAUAUUUUACGUGAAAUCGUGGCAAAAAUGGGACGACUUGUAGUGCUUGCUGGCGAUCAAGUACAUGGAGAACAGUCAAGAACUUUUAUAUUUUUAAAUGAAGGCCAUACAUUGGGAAAUGCAUUACAAAAUAUAAUAGCUCACUACCCUGAAGUAACAUUCUGCGGAUAUACUGUACCUCAUCCAGCAGAAAAUAAAAUUAACUUUAGGAUACAAACUAAAACAGGACGAGCCACGGAUAUAUUAAAACGUGGACUUCAAGAUUUAGAAAAAAUAUGUGAUCAUACUUUAGAAGUUUUCAACGAAGCAUAUAAACAAUAUAAAAGUUCCAAAAAUGUAUCAUCAGAAAAUACUUAAUAUUAUCGUUUAGUUUUUCUUUAUAUAUUUCAUUGUAAAUAAUAAU